UGUGUGUGUCUGAACAGUGUGGGAAUGUGUGUGAGAAAAAGUUGCAGACAGAGCUCCGUCGAAGCUCAGAAUGCAUGUGUCGCCCAGUGAGGACACACACGUGCAGGGUGUCGGGACAUGUAGCUCAGAGUUCCUCUAGAAUAUUUAGUUUCUUUUUUAGUUUAAUUUGCCUUGGUGGACUUUCUUCUCUGGAAACAUCUUCAUGAUUUAACCUCUGGAAUACAAACAAUCUACCGUGUAGGAGACCCAGUCAUUGAGCAAAGACCUCACACAGCUACGAGACUAUGCAGCCUUCAUCAGGAACUCACAGCCAUGACACCUGUGUUCAGACACAACUGUGCGCCCAGCUGGAGUUCGUCCAGAUCCUGGUGAUCGUGGUGGUGAUGAUGGUGAUGGUGGUCGUCAUCACCUGUCUGCUGAACCACUACCGACUAUCGACACGCUCUCUCCUCUCCAGACACGCCCCCACAAGCAGAAGACACCUACCACUGGCUAAUGAGGCAGGUCUGUGGUCCUCUGAGAGCACGGCGACCAACAAUGGUCUGAACGAGGUUUAUAACCCUCGCCCUCCGGAUCGAGGCAUUCACUCGUCACCCCAGCAUACCCACUCCCAGUCCCAACCCCAGCCUCCCCUCCAGUCUCAGCGCUUCCAGCACACGUACGCUGCGAGUCGCUUCCAGCCCACGUACCCCUACCUGCCCCAGAGCCUCAUCGACCUUCCGCCCACCAUCUCCCUCUCAGAUGGGGAAGAGCCCCCACCAUACCAGGGCCCCUGCACCCUUCAGCUGCGGGAUCCAGAGCAACAGAUGGAACUGAACCGUGAGUCAGUCAGAGCACCGCCCAACCGGACUGUGUUUGACUCCCACCCCCUCGACCCAUCCAACUGUCUGCAGGCCAGUCUCCAGGCUCCUCCUCCAAGUGUCCAUUCGGGCAUCAGUGUGUUAGAAGCCCAGGAGGCCUUGUCCCGAGUAGAGGGAGCUCCCCCCGCCUACAGCGAGGUGAUCGGGCACUACUACCAUGCGGCGUCCCUGAAUUCUAGCCAUAACCAUCGCACCGUCUCCUCUGGACAAGUACCCCCGUCCUUGCUCAUACAUGGUCUAAUCCGACCUCCACCUCAGCAGCAAGGGACUGUGGACAACAGGAAUUCAAGGAAUACGAAGGAAAAAUCACAAAAGCCCCAGCAGGUGUGACAGUACUGCUUCCUGCUUACUCUUCCCUAGCCCGCUGGGAAACCAGGAUUAUGUAUUACCACUUUGUAAAUGGUCAAUGGCUGGUUAGUUGUAGCUGAUGCAGGUUCCCCUCACAAUGGAUCGGGCUUAGACCGGGAGGCGGUGAACGCGGCGCACGCCGGCUCCUCGUUAGGUAAGAACAUCCGUUCCAGAUGUUGCAUAUGUGCGCCGCCACAUCAAUCCUGCAGAGCACAGACGCAGGAGAACAUCUGGUACUUCCUGUUCCACAAUUUCCUGUGCACUUCAGAUGAACCAAUGAUGAUGUCAGAGAAGGAGGUCAAAGGGUGGGUGGGUGUGGGAGCAACUCAUCGCCCCUCUAUCAGACUGAGCUAGCCUUUCUACACUAUAAAUAUUUACAUGUUCUGUUUGUUUCUGUAGUACCUUUUUUUCGUUUGUUUGUCUAUUUCAAGCUUACAAGAUCAUUUCUAUCCAGUCAAAUUGUGAUAUGUGACAGUCUUCUUGGUUCCUUCAGGUUUCAGGAUUGGUUUUGUUUUCCUAUGAAAAUCCCCUUCGCUGCUCCAACUCCAUUAAUUUUGUUUGUGAUUGCACAGUUCAGGAUAGUGAUACCUGCACGAGGCUUUAGCUGUUGUCACCAGAGACACGUUAGCACAUGAGAAUCUGCAGAAAAGAGUUUAGAUGUAGUUAGCGUUAGCUCAAUCUUGCCAGUUGUAGCACAGUGCGAAAAUGUCCUUGAACAUUCUGCCUUUAAAAAAAAAACAGCUAUUGCAGGAGUUGUCACUAAAAUCUUUUUGGGUUGUUAUUUUUUAUUUGUUUUUUUGAAGAAGGUUUGCACAAAGUUGAAGACUGUUGACCCCAGAAAAAGAAAGACAUCUGCAAUAUGCUUGAUAAGAGAGAAAAUAGAGAAAGUAGGGUAGUAGUAUUUUUCUAAACUAGGUGGAUUCUUAUCAGUUACAAUGUUUUUUUUUUAGUGUUUUUAUAUGUUGUGUAGAUUUAGGAGAAGAAACAAACAUCUGUUAUCUGUUGGCGUGCCAACUUUCACGUUGAACAUUUUUGCUACAUACAUGUUGGCAUGUAUAUAUGGAUUGAGAGUUAUUUAUAUAAUUGCUGAAAAGAAUUGCACUAUUUUGUAGGAUGCGCAGAUGGAACGUGUCAGACAGACUUUUAUUGUGAAGGGGCUCUGUCCAUUGAGACACACACAAAGAGAGAGUCCUGACACCACAGGGACUUUGAGGGACCACAUCAGUGCACAGCAGCCAGUAUAUCAUAUCAUGGGGGAGAUUCUGACUUUGGUCCAAUGGACUUGGACCAACCUUUACUGUACCAUUGAGAUAUAUAUAUAAAAAUAUAUAGAUAUAUAAAUUAAAAAAAAAUCCCAGGAUUAUGCAAAUGUCCAAGUCCUGUGAGCCAACCACUAGUCAGCAUCUAAUCUGUGGGCCCAAUCAGAAAAUCUGCUUGUUGCUCUCUCUGUCUCAUCCUAUUGGCCGAAUCAUUAGCCAAUCACAAAGCCUAGGCUGUCACUACCUCGACCAAACAAGUGAAGCACAUAAAGUUUCAGAGUUUGUCACGUCGAACGAAUGUCUGAACUAAUCAAGACGAUGUGUAACGUGAUAGUAAAAAAGAGUAGACUAGAUGUAGGCUUUAAAUCCUGCUGUGUCAUUUUAGUUUUAGUUUUAGGAGGAGAGUGGAAACAAAGCAGAUUCAUUGACACCUAACGUCCCCUUUGUAGUGCACUACAUAGGAAGGAAGGCAGGUUGCCUGACAUGCCCUAAAUAUGUGAUACACUGACUGUGCACUGCUGCAGCUAACCCCGCGUGAACACACAACACAUCCACAAUCCUCUGUGGUGAGUCUCUCUCUGUCUUGCAGGCAUCUCCGAGCACUUUACUGCACCAGGAAAGAGACAACAAUCUUCUGUCAGCCAGCAUCAGCUAGGAAAAACUUUUAUAUUUUUUCUCGAUUUAACUGUUCAACCUUUAUACAGUGGCCGCACUUUUAAAAGAUGCAAAGAUGUGUGUGCCAACACUGAGAACGCCCCUCUGGUGGAAAACAACCAACAACUUCACUUCCUGAAAUCUAUUAAAUCUUUUUCUUUGGUUGUACGUUUUCAGUUUUGGAGCAGAUCUCUUUGUGUUGGAGGCAGCACAAGGCGGGUUGUUUUAAACUAGACACAUUGAAGUGUUAAAAAGUGACACGAGUGUUAAUAGCAGCUCGUCUUUUGUCAUGUCUAAGAGUGUGGAUAUAAAGGUUAAAAUUAUUAUUAUUACCUAGAUUAUAAUAAUAAUUGCUGCUUGUAUGAAAAGUAACCCUGUGGGCUGACCAGUUACUGUGAGUUUACACUGAUGUGAAUGUACCACUGGCCAGCCCACAUGAAUCCAGCGCCCUCUAGUGUCCAGCCUUUAUGCAACAGCGCCCUCCACAUGGACUGAAUCAUACUGCAGCCAAAACCUGUUGCCAGAAGAGAAAAGAAGCCAAAAAACAACAGAUGUUAUAUCUUUUAAUCUGAUAUGGUGAAUUAAAUUUCUUUAUCUUCUCUUUUUUUGUGAAAUCACAGGUUUUUAUUGCGUUUGAGUAACGCAGGUAACGGAACAAUCCUCUCAGCAAUCACAACUGUCUUGCUCCUCUACAAGACCACUGUGAAAAAAGUCCUUGUGUUACAAUAUAUUUUUAGUCAUGUCUCUCCUGAAAUUAUGCAAAAUUAAAAAUGUUAAAAAUGAAGAAAACAGACCGAGGACAAAAGCUGCAGCAGAGUAAAGUCUGUGGUUUUUAUGCCUGUGAUGCCAAAGAAAGAAGAAACGCUAAGACAAAUAUUAUAAAGCCAUUUCCUUGCAAGUCACCAUGUUUAACAUUUCUCUCUUUUCUCCUUUGUUCAAUUUGUUUUUAAUGACAAACAAUUUAAGAAGAAAAAAAUCUUAAUAAAAAAAAAAAGAAUACUUUGAUUUAAUCAAUCAAAGUUUGAAUCACCUUUUAGGAGAUAACGAGCCUGGGCCCAAAGCAACUUUAGCUAACUUAUUUGCCUUUCGCUUUCAGUCCAGUUUUCUUUCUCUCCUGCUUUUUUUUUGUGAUACUUAUUUUUGGACCGGGCAGUUUCCUUUGUAAAAUGGUUCAGUUCCCUGCUUGGAGGGUUCGCAGCGGGUAUGAGAAGGCUCUACGUAUGGACUCUGAUCGGGGCUUCACAUUAGAAGAUAGUGACGGUAAUAAUCAUUUAGAGUUGAUGUAGUUAGAGUUUAAAAGAAAUUUAAAAAAGAAAAAAAAGAGUAGGAUGAAUGGUUUACUUCAGGGAAACCUGUGCUGGCUGAUGAUACAAAAAAAUAUGACAGGAGGAGAGGACGGGAACAUCACACCACACACAAACACACACAUAUCAUUACAUACACGGCCCAUGCAGAGACAUAAGACAUCUGUGCUGUCGUUGAUAUCAAAUUAGCAUGAAACGGAUGUCUUAGCUAAUUUGCAACUCCUGUCCCCAGUAAGGCUUUUCUAAAAAAAAUAUAUGUUCAAGUUAAUUAAAACAUGCAGUAAAUCAUAUAUAAGUGGAAUUAGAUGAUACGAUCUGACAAAAGCUCUGUCCAAAAGUAAGCAAACCAAUGAAGCUAUGUCUGAAUUCACAUUUUUUGGUCAGGGGAAGAAAUAGUUGAGUCCGAAACGGCCUGUAAAACUGGCCGUUUGACACUUUUUUACUCUACAGUACAUUUGUGUAUAGUCCGUCGAUCUUAAUUAAAUACCCGCCACCUCAGCCCUGCGUCUUCUAGGUGUCGCCUCGCUCCAGCACACCUGAUCCAAAUGAAUGUGUCGUUAUCAGGCUGUUGCAGAGCUUGAUUAGGAAGAGCUGACAAUUAGAAUCAGGUGUGUUGGAGUGAGGGAAACCUCUAAAACCCAUGGGUCUGAGUGAGAGCCAACUGGACCAAAUCCACAAAGUCUUGAGCUCAAAUGUCUAAAUUGAGUUAUGUUUGUGGUUUUUUGUUUUUUUCCCACAGUAAAGAAAGUGAGCGGUCGGUGUUCACUGACUUGACCUGGGAAAGACCUCCCGCUGUCUAGACAGAAACUAAACACAUACUAGACUAAAUAAUCUAACCUAAGAACCAGACCUUACACACACACACAGUUGAACUGUCAUUCACCCAAAUCCCUGUUUUCUGGACCACACAAGACUGCCAAAACAUUUAUCAAACACACACACACACACACACACACCUGCAUCCCCCUCCUUUCUUCCUGUCUAAAUGAGCUCUUCCUGUUUCCUGGAGAUGCCUGCAGUCUAAUGACAACCGCCCC